AUGAAUGACGUCUGUAAAGUGCAUGCUAGGUAUACUGGAACGGGACACGCGGAUUUGUCCAAGUAUGAAUGGUUAACACACCAGCACCGUGACACGCUUGCCUCGAUCGUCGGUCACCCCACGCUCACAUCUUACCUUGCUAUCGCAGAGGGUGAAGCUAUUGGAAGGAUCAAAUUCGAGAUGACAGAGCGGAUGUUGCAGCCCUGUGGUCCUCCUCCUCGCAAGGAAGACGAUUGA